AAAGACAGCGGAGAAAAGACACAGUUCUUAAAAACGUGUCUGACAGCUACCCUUUAGUUAUUGCAAAAUAAGAGAGUGCCGUAAAAACUUUGGAAAACUUUUCAAAAGCCGUCCCAGUAAACGUGUACCCAUAAAUGUAUGUACACAUAUAAAAAAAAUAAAAACAACGAAUAUCAUAACCUAAAGAGUGGCUUCCAGUUCGACGUGCAGGCAAUACGUGCUUAGAACAACACAUACUUUUAUCAAUUGUCAGGCAAAUAUAAACGAAUAUACAACCAAAUAAGUCAUGGCUGCUAAUCAUGGCGCUGGUUCGAGGGCUGUUGUCGCAGCUACAGCUGCCGCAGCAGCCGCUGCUGCUGCUGCCGCUAAACGUGUACAAAUAGAGAAAGCACAUAAUUUUAUGCGACAAUAUCGCGAUCCCGAAUCGCGAGAACUGAAAAAACUGUCAGCAAAUCAAUUUAUGGAUGUAUGGGCGCAUUACGAUAAGGACGGUAAUGGAUAUAUCGAAGGCACUGAAUUAGAUGGUUUCCUGCGUGAAUUCGUUGCUAGUGCCAAUGUUACAGACGUAAGUCCAGAGGCAGUCACCGACACAAUGUUGGAGGAAUUGAAGUCAUGUUUUAUGGAAGCCUACGAUGAUAAUCAAGAUGGUAAAAUAGAUAUCAGGGAGCUAGCACAAUUGCUGCCUAUGGAGGAGAAUUUCCUGUUAUUAUUCCGGUUUGAUAAUCCACUGGAAUCCAGUGUAGAAUUUAUGAAGAUUUGGCGUGAAUAUGAUACUGAUAACUCGGGUUAUAUAGAAGCCGAUGAGCUUAAGAAUUUUCUAAGAGACUUAUUAAAGGAAGCUAAGAAAAUAAACGAUGUCUCUGAAGACAAAUUAAUUGAGUAUACAGAUACUAUGUUGCAAGUUUUUGAUGCAAACAAAGAUGGCCGUCUCCAACUUUCCGAAAUGGCGAAAUUGCUUCCCGUAAAAGAAAAUUUCCUUUGCCGCCAAGUAUUUAAGGAAGGUAUUGAAGGCGCUGCUAAGCUGACAAAGGAAGAUAUUGAAAAAGUUUUCUCUCUUUAUGAUAGAGACAAUAGCGGUACUAUCGAAAAUGAAGAAUUGAAAGGCUUCCUUAAGGAUUUAUUGGAACUAGUUAAAAAGGAUGACUAUGACGCCCAAGAUUUAAAAGCUUUCGAAGAGACGAUUUUACGUGGUGUCGGUUACGAUAAGGAUGGUAAAAUUUCACGUAAAGAAUUAACCAUGAUAUUGCUGACUUUGGCUAAGAUGCCACCAGAAGAUGAGCAGUAAAAAAGAGACAAAAAACAAAAAAAAAGAAACUAUUCGUAACAAAUGGAGCAAAGCUAUAACCUUUAAUUUUAAUUUAAGUACAUUUCUCAAAAACAAAACCAAA